AUGCGGCAGGUGGGGGGGGGGGGGGGGGGGGGGGGGGGGGGGGGGGGGGGGGGGGGGGGGGGAGGGGGGGGGGGGGGGGGGGGGGGGGGGGGGGGGGGGGGGGGGGGGGGGGGGGGGGGGGGGGGGGGGCCCCCGCACCAAGCCGCCACUGCACCAAUGCCGUCCCGCACCAAGCCGCCCCGCACCAAGCCGAGCCCGCCCCGCACCAAGCCGCAAUGGACGCCCAAGCCGCAACGCGCCGCUCCACAACUGCCCCGCACAACUGUUUGCACCACACAAAGCCGUCCCACGCAGCACCACUAA